AUGGCGCCUCAAGUCUUCGCCGUCCCUGUCUUCCUCGUCGUCUUCCGUGAGACUCUCGAGACAGUCAUCAUCGUCUCUGUGCUUCUCGCAUGGCUCAAGCAGACCCUCGAUGGCCCUGAGCGAGAUGUCAAGGUUUACAAGAAGCUCCGGCGCCAGGUCUGGGCAGGCACCGGCCUCGGCUUCUUCAUCUGCCUGGUAGUAGCAGCCGCCGUCAUUGGGACGUUCUACACUGUGGGCGUCAACAACUGGGAGACCAGCGAGCUUUACUACGAGGGUGCCUUUGCCCUGUUCGCCGCCAUCAUCAUCACCGUCGUCGGUGCUGCCCUCCUGCGCAUCUCCAAGAUGCAGGAGAAGUGGCGCGUCAAGCUGGCCGCCGCCCUCGAGGGGCCCGUGAUCAAGACGGGCACCCGCUUUGGCUGGCUGAAGAACUUCUCUGAGAAAUACGCCCUGUUCAUCCUCCCGUUCGUCACGGUCCUGCGUGAGGGCAUCGAGGCCAUCAUCUUCGUGGCCGGUGUGUCGUUCUCAGCACCAGCUUCCGCCUUCCCGUUGCCUGCCGUCGUGGGAUUGCUAGUAGGCAUCAUUGUUGGGUACAUUCUGUACAAGUCCGGAUCGUCGGCUAAAAUGCAACUAUUCCUCGUUGUCUCCACAUGCCUUCUCUAUCUUGUUGCAGCUGGGCUGUUCUCCCGAGCUGUCGGUUACUUCGAGCAGCAGAAGUGGAAUAAUAUCGUUGGAGGCGAUGCGGCUGAACUAGGAGUCGGCCCUGGUUCUUACGACGUCGACGCGGCCGUGUGGCAUGUUAACUGUUGCAGCCCUGAAUUCAACGGCGGCGGCGGCUGGGGUAUUUUCAACGCCAUCCUAGGUUGGAACAACACUGGUACAUAUGGCUCGAUCAUCGCAUACAAUGUUUACUGGAUCUUCGUAAUUACCAGCUUCGUUGUGAUGAGGUACAAGGAAACCAAGGGUCACUGGCCCUUCAUGAAGGCAAAGAAGGUGUCUUCUGAGACGAGCAGUGAGUCGGGCGUGAACGCAGGAGCGACCAACGGUCAGGGACAGAAGAGAGCCGAGGCUGAGGAGAAGUCUGUGGCAGCGUCAUAG